UAUACGCCGCUUGGGUCAUGCCCGAACGAGCAAACGAUGGGCGACCGAUUAAGCUCCAUUAAAAAAGCGUUUUAUGCUUUAAAAAUUGCAAAAAUUCGGCGGCCAACUCUAUAAAAACAGUUAAUGCCGGAGUUUUCGCAUUCAGUCAACGGUCGAGGAUUACACACGACAAACACGGCCAGCAAAAAAUCAUGUCAGCGCAAAAGACUAGCAGAGGCCUCUGGUUGGGAAUGUUCCUGGUCGCGGUGCUAUUGCAGCUCUCCGAGUGCCAGUACUACGGGUAUCCCUUCUACGGAGGGGCAAGUGCGGGGGCGGGAUCGGCGUACGGCAACACUUACGGCAGCGGCAUGUACGGAUACCCCUACAGCUACGGGGGAUAUCCCUACUACUCGUACCCCAGCUACAACCCGUAUUCGAUGUUUGGCGGAGGCGGUGGAUACGGCCAAUACGGAUACCCCUACGGAGGAUAUCCUUACGGCGGUAACGGCAUGAACGUGGCCUACGCCAGCAGCAGUGGGGGAUUCGCAACAGCCAGUGCGGGCGGAAACGGAUACUACGGCUGAAAGAUAAAUGAUAAGCUAGUUUAACUGUACAUAUUGAUUAAGACUUCCUACUAUGUUAGUGUGCUGACGCAAAUAAAUAUAAUAGUUAUGUAAUUUGUAAUCAAACAGUUAUCGUUGUUUAACACUUUGGCUUACAA